AUGGAAGAAAAGCACAGAACUAUAAAACACAAUAUCUUGUCUUUUGCUGAACGAUACUUAUCUAAAGAUGAAGUUCAGUUCUUAGCUGAUAUUUUGGACCCGGAAGUUCAACGCCAGGAAUUUUUCACAGUUUUUCACUUGAAGUCAAUUUAUUUCCAGGAGGCGUAUGUCAAAGCACUAGGAAAGGGAUGUCCUGAGUUGGCUGGUUCUCAUUAUGCAGCCAUUUGCAGGGAAAACAAUGGUGCCAUUGAAGGCAAAAGAACUGUUCCAGUCAAGUUGAAAGUGUGGAAGACGAUUCCAUUUUUAGAGGAUGAAUGUGUUUCUGGAACAGAUGCAGUUAAAACAAUCAGUGGCUUGAAAUAG